AUGUGCCUUUUUGUCGGCACCUACCAUAACACCUGCAAGCACACGUGCUUUGAACUUUACCUUUUCUGCGAUGAGCUCCUACACCAGCUCAAUCGUAUCAAUGACAAGACCGAGCGUGAUAAGUACCUCCUGCCCUUUGAUGCAGAUUGCUCGGGAUGCAGCCCAUAUACCAACUUGAUAGGGGAGAUCCUGCCGUUGGGUCUCGAUGGGCGCCCUUUACAAGGACAGGAGCAGAUCAACGUGGUCAAGUGGGUAAUGGAUAUGAUGGACUAUUGUCCUGGUUGUGCUGGGGCGUGGUGA